GGAUAUCAAAGACAGUUAACGUACAAACGUAAAAGUGGUUCAUACAGCGUAUUUGGAAACUCAGAUAGCGAAGGAAGUAUGAUGUAAGUUUAAUUAAUACCGUACCCGCUGUACAUUUUACAUGGCUUUGAAUGUCUAUCUCCAGCAGCAAUAUAAAUAUUGAUGAAUUAAAUUACUAACUCGUCAUGUUUCUUUCUACAACAUUCAUUUAUCCGUUAUGCGCCAUAAUACGCCUUACUUAAUUAUUACUUUGCCAACUCACGGCUGGUGAUUUGCGAUGCGGAAAUUAAUGGGCUAAUGUGAUUUUGUAAACAAAGAGAUAGAUAAAUAACUUGAUUUAAAACUACUAACCUCAUCAACUAAAGCUGAUCUUCACGACGUCCAGUCAUUUCUCAUUUCUGAAUUUAACAUAAAGGAAUGGAAUAACAUUCAACAACAUGAACACUAUUCGCUUUUUAGGUUAACGGCAUUCGUGGUUCGUUCUUUUGCACGAGCGCGGAAGCAUGUGUUUGUUGACGAAGACGAGAUAAAACACAGCAUUCAAUGGUUUCGCAGAAAACAGAAACUUUCAGGUUGUUUCCCGAAAUACGGCAAAGUGUUUCACAAAUCACUUCAGGCAAGUGCGUAGACUGUAAUUAUGAUAUAUAAUUUGGGGAGAGGCUAAUUUGUUUUCUUAUCCAAGUGGUGGUUGGAAAAAAAAUGUUGCAAAAUAUAUACUGCUGUUGAUGCAAUAAAAACGUUGCUUGACUAUUUUAACCGUUUUCCAUUUCUUCUCUUGCCCAGUUGGUGCUUAUCGUUGAAAUCUUUGAAUAAACAUUUUUAAGCUGGGAUUAAUAGAUAUAUUUAUUGACAUUGGUUUAGACAUGUACAUGCACGCAUCUGAAGCAAAAUAGUUAAGAUUUGGUGUUCUUUGUUGUGUUGGGUUACGCUUAUAAUGGGCGGCCUAAACUUGGCGCUCACUCAUUACAAUUACAGUGAUGGCGCGCAAGGAUUAGUUCAAAUUCCAAACAAUCCAUAUGUUGAAAUAUAAAGAUACACUAAUGCAAGUCACUAGCUAUCACAUUAUGUAACUGAUCAUUAUGGAAAUCACUGCUACUGUGUAUCAUUAUUUGGCAAAAUAUUAAGUUCAAUAUAUGCUAUAAUUGCUGCCGAAGGCAGCACCCUAUUCUUGAUACGCUGUGGUUUCUCCAGAGUCCACUCGACCCAGUCUUUGGCGCGAUCUACGCAUUGUCGAGAUCUCGAUUUGUGUCUGUCUGUCUGUCUGCUAAGAUUAGUUCCGGGAGGAAUAAUUAAGCUUCAGGAAGUUUUUUUAAACGAGGGGGGCGGUCAAACUUUAUUUUGUAUUGUGCAUUUGUGCAAGCAGUUUUAAACUUUUAAUACGAGAUCAUACGAGUUUAUAUGUUGGAUUGCAAGCGAAUAUCAAAGGAUAAAUCAGGUAAGAAUGGUUUUAUUUCUUCCUGGUGAUAUACAUGAAGGCAUUUAGAUCUGCUGUUUUAUAGCAUUUGAUACAGAGGUAUUGAAACAUAUGAUUUCAUGAUGUCAAUAAUGACUGUCUUAUUUUAUAUACAAUUGAAGGAGCUUGAAAAUGUACUUUGAGUUUAUUUGUUUGUGUGGCGAUGUGCCAAGGCGAUGAGUUUUAUAUAGUGAUCAUUUUAGAUGUCUAUAGCAAUGGUGCUUUCAGCACGUUUUAAAAACAAACACGGACUGUUAAUAUUUUUGCACGUGCACGUAAUCAGGCUUCCUAGCAACCCAGUGUGGGGAUCGUUGUCUGUAUAUAUUAACUUACCUGGCUACCGGCAGUUAUACAUGUAAAUAACAUGUCAACUGCCUUUUGUACAAGGCUGGGUAUCAUGCAUGCCUGAUGGCCUGUUUAUAUCUCUUAGAGAUCUCCAUUGUUAAAGAUGCAGUACAGUCCGUACAAAGGCUUUGUUUACAUUUCGGUAUUCAAAAUAUAGAAUUUUAAUCGACCACUAUUUAUAUAUUUAUGAUUCUAGAGUAUAAUAGAUUAUAUAGACACAACAAUCAAGCUUUGCAAGAACAUAAAACGAAAUAAAACCUAAAUAAACAGUUUGUCUAAAAAGAGGGCUCCUCCUUUGAAUUUGUGCACAUUUGCAGAUCAGACCAUAUACAGCAUCUUUAACAUAAUAUGAAAUAAUCCUACCCACCCAUACUCAUACAUUCACGCGGCUGUAUCAUGCAAUACAUUUCCGGGUAUGCUUUCUUGGGUUUCACUAAGGCAUUAUGCAGUGAAUCUGAAUGGGGAGGGGGGAGGGGGGGGGGGUCAACCUCAAAUGUAUCGACGCUUAUGCUGUACUGGAGUGAGAAAAUGAUACGAAAUUACAUGUAUUGCCACCAAACUACCAAACACAAGGCUAAUACAUAAAACAAACAAUCGUCUCACUCUGAUAACUGUGUUUUAAUUGUUUUACAGUUGACUCCCUUUCACUGCUGUGUCGUCAUAUGAAACCCAAGAAUAUUCUUCGAUAAUGCUCACAAUUUCUUUCUUAUAUAGUUUUGCAGUUCUGUCUGAGUACAAUCUCUGACUGAAUACAAUGAAUGGUGUCAACUUAGUCCCCAGGGCCUUUUCAGGAAGGAGGCGAAGGGCAGCAAAGGCCCUGGUAAAGGCUGGUGAAAUAAUCCACAAAUUGUGGAUUAUUUUGUCACGUGAUAUAUCGGAGCAAAUACUAUACAGGGGGGUGCAAUCGCGGAUCGCUUUAGCUACAAUAUAUUCGUCAAUAUUGCAUAAACACCGAAAUCGACAAAUAAAGAACAAAAAUUUAUUUUAAAAUGAAAAAAUCUGUUAAAGUUCUUCCAAAAAUAUUGAAUAAAUCUGAAAUUGUCUUCAAAUUAGCUCUGAGAACCUUGAUUGAACUGUAAAGGAGAUCUAGUAUUAAAUAGACAAAGCAACAGUGUCGAAUGGAUCGAUAGAAGUAUUUAUACUAUGAAUUACUGUCGCAAGGAAAUUGCUGCCUCGAUUGUGAAACAGAUAUGUAAAAUCACUUUAAUUUAAUAAUAUGGACUCUCAAUACACCAUAUCUAUUUAAAUCAAUUUAUUGGACCAUGUCCAAGCGGUAGAGUGCGAACGGGACUCAAAGUUCCAUGCGAGGCACUCCCCGUUACAAACUGUAAAGAUUUCUUAAAUAUUUACAUUAAUAAUAGCUAUAAAUAAUAUCCAUGAUCAUCAAAACAUUUAAUAGUUAUUGUUGCUACAAUAGAUCUUUCUUGCAAAUGUCAAUAUCAUACAGUAUAUUUAUAAACAGUUAAAGGGAGUACAAGGUCCAAAGAAUGUCUGAAAAACAAGGAAUGUCAACAUCGUAUGCACUUGGAAUUUAAAUGCUUAUGUUAGCCAUAUGCCCUGAGUAAUAACCUGGUUGACCUCCAUGGUUAAUUAACAUUUCCUGAAUUUAAUUGAGUUGAAAUAUUUUAUUUGAUUUUCAUUCUUAUCGCAAGAACAUAUUGUGAACACACAUAUAGUGCUUUGGGUUUAGAUUUCAAAGGCCAAGCUUCAAAACAAAUGUUGUGAUCUUAAUGAUCAGGCAUUCCCAAACAAUUACAUGCAUGAGAGUCAAAUCAGACAGAAAGCCUCCAUAUGCUUUAUCAAGGCUGAAUAAUAUAAUGAGAUGGAAUUAAUUUCCUCAUUAUACUGUUAACAAGCCGUUGUUUUUGUUUGUAAUCAAUUACACAAAUUACUUCCCAGAACAUUAUUUAAGGAGAUUAUUUGACAAGUCAGCAGGUACAUUUUUUCCUGAGCCACAAUUGGGGCAAUUCAGUGUCAUUCAUCACAACAGGCGCUCAAAAUCACUCACAACAUACAACAGGCAGUUCAGCAUAUCACUCACCACAAUUGACUGUUCAAUACUGUGUGCCUCAGUAGUGUGCCUCAAAUCAAUAUUUUGCUCAUAUCAACAACAAAUAUCAAAAUUCAACUCAUUCUCAAAACAUGAUACAAUAACAAGGGGUCUCUUAUGGACAAGUACAAGACACCUGGUGUCAAAUGUAUCAAGUGACAAGAUUAUUCAUCUCUUUUAAUUUAAAUACAUUUUGCCGCCUUGUAAUAAAGUACUAUUUGUUGUUGGUGACCAUCAGUUGAGCAAUUUAAAACAUUCGCAGUGUAUGCUUUAUCAGACCUAAAGAUACUUGGCUUCACCUCGUAUCUUUAUACCUGAUACAACUAUAUAAAAUAAUAACUAUGAUAUUUAGCCUGAAUAUUAUUAUAAAUGUAUGAAGGAUAUUAUACAUAUAUUCUUGAUGCUCAACAUUAUCCGAUAAUCAUUUAACAUGAAAUCCGAUAAUCAUUUAACUUGAGAAUUGUGUGAAUUCCUGAAUUACUUAUUGUUACAGACUGUACUGACCUCUUGCAAUUAUGGUUAUUAACCAAAAUCUGACAAUGUCUCUAGUUAACCCAUUGAGCUGCAAUGUGCCCCAGUGUAGCUACUUACUGAAAUUGACUGAUUUGUGGUUUAUGGGGUUUUUUGUGGCAAUUCUUUGGGCAUCACAAGUGCAUUUGUAUAUCUUAAUACGCUGUGAGAAUACAAGUAUUAGUAUUUAAAUGACACAAUAUGAUGUAAGUUACCUUUCAGGUAUAUAAUUUGGAUACAGCAUAUCAGUGGUGUAUUACUUAACUUUUUUGACCACUUGCCACUUGCCCUCAGGGCAAGUUGGACAUGAAAAUUGGUUGCCCUGAAUAAAAUCCACUUGCCAUCAGGCAAUGGGGUACCUACGCGAGCCAGUAUAAAUUAGAGAGAUAACAUAUCCACACAUUGGACUAGUUAGUGGCAUUGGCUAUGUUACUGCCUCAGAUCUAGACUACCUCAGAUCUAGCUUUGGCUCACAUAUUAAACAAAAUUUGAAUCAAGUACACUUAUUUAAUUUAAUGUAACACUAAUCACCAUUAUUUUUUUUUUUUAUUUUUUUUUUUUUAUUAGUUUUACAAUAAGAAAUUGAAGGCACAGACAACAGGACUAAUAAAGUCCCAAAUUAAGUCCUGCCAUAAAUUAAGUCCUGCCAUAUUUCGUUUACUUAUCAUAUCAUGAAUAAACAUUUAAUAACCAAAAAGAGAAUCAAUGCAUAAUAUAAUCAAACAAUUUAGAUGAAUUUGAUGCAGAUGAUUUGCCAGCUUGAACCAAUGUCGUCGAACAGCCUUUAUUCUAUCCGACAAUAAUAAUAUGAACUGAAAGCUGGCCAGCUUUUUGUGGCAAAGCAACUUGCCCGUUCGGGCAACCAAGAGGAAUCUUUUACUUGCCCGUCAUGAUAUUCACUUGCCCCGGGCAAGUUUAAGUUACACUUCUGAGCAUAGUAGUUGCCAUUUGGCAGCUGUUGGUCUGGUUGAAGUACUCAGAUAAUUUGGGGAGACCCAUGGCAUGCUCUCUCAACAGUGAAGGUUCAAAAACACACAUGCCAGAAUGUUUAUAGAAUACCUCGCCAUUUUUCUGCAUUCAUUGACACAUAAAUAAGUACAAGAAUCACUUCAAAAUAGUUUAAGGGUAAAGUCUAGAGAUUAAAUCAUAUGAGUAUGUUAGUUUGGUUCAAAUUUGACUGGGGGUUUUGAAGAAUGAGGCAAUCAUAUUAGAUCAAUUUUGAGUAAAUUGACAAUGUUUACAAGGAACUAAUAGUGGUAAGGUGUGAAAGUUGUGGGUAUUCUAUAGUUGUAUAAAAAAAGUGAAAAACCAAGCUAAAAGCCCCAAGAAUACCUGAUUGGCACAAUGUCAAAGAGCAUAGUUGCUGACUAAGAAACAUCUAUUAGACCAUGUACAGUACUUGAGUCUUGUGAUAUUGCUUUUGUAUUAUACGAUAUACUCUAAACUUGCUGUUAACAUAUUAUAUUAUUAAUAUUCAUGGUUGUCAAAUAUCAUAAAAUCAACACACAAAAUUCACACACAAAGGUUUAAAAUAAUGUAUAUUGGUAUAAACGUUUAAUAAAAAUGCAUACAUACGUAACCCAUGGUCGGCAUGGAAUUUUGUCACUUGGCACAGUACUUUAAUGUUUUUUUAAUGUUUGUCCCACAUUAAAAUAUAUUGAGUCAAUGACAGUGCAACUGUUCAUAUUAAAACGUUCUAAUCACAUUUUACAUGCACAUUUGUAUUCAGUAGUAAGUCUUUUCAUAAAGGUACAUCAAAGUCCCAAAUCAAAUUCUUCACUGACAGUAUGUUAUUGACUCCCAAACGACAAAUAUUAUAAAACACGCUUCCAAGCUGAAAAUAAAUAUUUACUGUUGUCAGUCAGUGUUUAGACUCUUCUCUUUGAAUCUUGAUCUUCGACAAGUAUUGCUGUUGAUUAUAUUCCAUAUUUUUUUGAAGAACAUCGCAGACUAUAUAUUUAUUUCCACUGUCAGUUGAAAAGUUUAUCAUCAUAGUUUCAGUCGCAAAAGCUUUUAUCGCCCCUUUGCACGGCCAUGUUUGAUAAAAUCAAAGCGGCCCGCACCCCCGGUUUGAAAAGUUAAAUAUUCUGAAAUAUUCAAAAUUUGAAGCAUCACGUGACCAGCCUUUACCAGGGCCUUUGCUGCUUCGCCUCCUUCCUCAAUAGGCCCUGGGGACGAGGUUGGAAUGGUGUCAUCUGAAGCUGACAUAUUAAUUAAACAAAAUUGUUAACAAAUAGAUUUUGUCUCCCUAUCAGAUUGUUCGGUUGAUUAGCAUUAGGCCUAGAGGUAGCCUUGAAGGUGUCAUGUAAAUGAUAAUUGGGACAAAAACUGAUUUAGUGUUUCUACAGUGUGUCUAAAAAAAAGUGAACCCUUUCAAAUUCAAAUUAGUUAUAUUGUAGUAACUUGACAGCAAUCUAAUUGCAUUGAGUUAAUAGUUGGGUAAGAACAAAAGAAAUACUGAAUUUCUUUUAAAUUUUCUAAUUUUUAUUUCUUUGAGGUUUGUCCCAUGAGUACAAGACUUUGUGUUCUUACCCAAUCAUUAUUUCAAAGCAAUUAGAGCUGUCAAAUUUGAAGGAUUUGCUUUUUUUAGACACAACGUAUAUAUGACAUUACACAGUAUUCAGUGGCUAGGUAGCUAUGGCAACUGGUCAUGCUAUACUAAUAAUGCAAAUAAUUAAAAAUUUGAAUAGACAGACAGUAUUGUAAUUAUACAUACAAAGGCAAAAAAUUAUAAGCAUUGAAGGUAUUCUUAUAAAACUGCCCAAUGCCAAGAAAGUAGAAAUAGAAUAUUUAGCGGACCUUUGACUUUGUGCAAGGUGUUUGAUAUUCAAAUUGUACUUUACCUACCUCAUGAACAGGUGUCUUAGGGGCUGUUUACUGUAAAUAUUGGAAGCCAGGUGAUUUUAAUAUAUUGAAAUAAGUCAACAGAAUUCAAGUUGUAGUUCAAGAAGAUUAUUAUUGCUGUUGGAACAACCUUUAGUUUACAGUUAACUAUGUAGUUUUUUGCUGAAUCGUCGACAGUAAUUUAUUUUAUAAUAAUAUAUCAAAAUAAUCCUGCCUGCCAUCUCGUCCUGGCAAAGCAGGAUCAUGUAAGCAGCUCCUUAUUCAGCGAAUUCUGCAUGCUGCCUUUGAUUCCUUAGGGGUGAGGCAGCACUUUCCUUGCGAUAGUAACUUCUAGUAUCGACAUGGCAAAGUUCUGAUUUUAUUAGUUGUGUUUGUGGAUUGCUCGUAACAUGCAGAGUAGGGUCUAUACCAUCAAACUGCCCUAAAUGAAGCAAUUAUUUUAUUCUCUGUUGUCAUCCUGAAUUGAAUGAUGGUCAGCAAUCAUUUCUUUUUUUCUUCCUUUUUGAAUAAUUAUUCUACACUUUAAUAAUUAAUAACACAUUUCGUUCUCCUGAGAGUGGAACAUAACCGGUCCUAUAGCUACAUAAAUAUAAACCUGGGGUCGGUGAUACAAUGACGUAAUCGGGUUAAUUGAUUAUGUUCAUACCCCAUCGGAGAUAUUACAACCUUCGCCCUCGGCCCUCGCCAGUAGAUGUCUGAAAAGCUGUCACAUAUAUUUAUUUAUGAAUAUAUGUUACAUUGUGACAAAUGAAAAUGAAAUAAAUGAUAACAUUGAUUUGCUGUCGUUUCGCCAACGAGCAACGAAAACUCCUUAUUGAAAAUUGUUAGUUAUACAGAAUAAUCACUGUGACUUCAACUUCUUUCUUACGUUAUACGUCUACCAUCUUCAAUAUUUCGGUGAAAAAAUGUUUGGCUAGCCAAAUCAAAGUAACACCACCCAGAAAAGUUGAUAACAUAAAUUGAAUAUGGCCAGUCGAUUAUAAACUAUUAAAUAUUUAUAGCUAACUUUCUGAACUUCCGUAGCUUAUGCUGAACUCAAUUAUCAUGUGCAUAUCUAUCAUAUUUAGGGUGGAUUGAACAGCGAACUUACCAUUACGGCAUACGUCACUAUAGCAUUAUUAGAGGCAGGUUUUGAUAAAAAGGUAAGAUAUAUUUAAUACGAAGUGUAUCUGAUCUUAAGGUGGCUCAAUACAAUUUUUAAAAAAAUGGAAAAUUCACGAUUUAGGUGCGCAUUUUUGGACAAUUAUUACUUGCUGACAAGUAAAGAGUUUGAAUUUUGGCACAAAAGUUACGCAACUGCCGUUGCUAUGGCAACAAUGACGUUUCAACAUUGCGGAUCUUUGGCUUUAAACUGUAAUUUAACUCGUAAACGACAUCGGUUACCCCCAAAUAUUAUUUUAAAAAUUUAUUUCUCUUAGUUUUAUCGAUUAUUUUUACAAUUUAAAAAAAAUAUGUGAAGCCAAAAAUAUUAUUAUAAAUAAUUAUAUAAUCAUGCACCUUUAUACCCUGGCCCAGAGUUUUUUUUAGGUUUGGCGAACGCAAAAUGUUAGAAAACGCGCGAAGGAAAAGAAAAACCUCUGGUGAAUUUGUUAGUGAUUCCUGGUUCGGAUAAAGAAUGCAAAAAAUGUAUAAUGGCUUAAUGCAUCAUAUUCUAAAAAUAUUAUCCAAUCAUUAUUCUUGAAACCAGGCCGUCUAGACAGGGUUUAAUUGCAUGUUUACUGUCCAGUGUAUGCCUGCCCAUUUGCAGCAAUAUUCAUUCUCCUGAAUUUCAUCAAUUUAAAACAUCACAUCUAUUCAAUUUAAUAUAAAUAUAUAUUUAUAUUCAUUCACUUUAAUCUUGCAGUAUACAUUCAAUUUAAUCCUGCAAUAUACAUUAAAAAAAAUAUGUAUUUUAUAAAUUUAUGAAACACACCUCUUUGGGCCGACGUGAACUUUGUUUGUUAAUACAAAACCAAGCAAAUUUGUCUUGUAGAUUUCAAAUGAAACCAUUCCUCUCCAUUUCGCAUUUCGAAUAAUAGACUCGGGAUUACAAAAUGCGAAUGUAAACUCUCCAUCUAGUCUUGCUUUCUCGUCCUCUUCGUUUGACAGUGAAGUAACGCGGCAUCUACGCUUUCUUAGUUCACGGACGUGAGAGUCAAUGAAAGAGUUCAAUUUGCAAAUGACUAUUAAAAUGGGUUUCUCCAGAAAAUUGUGGCUUUUGCCAAGUCGUCGUGCUACUCUCGGUGUUAGAACUUUGGAAUAUUAAACUCUUCCCAUAACCGAUACCAAGAUGAAAAUACAUCUUUACAGUAAUGUGAAUCAAAUUGGAGAAGGCGCGGUAUUGAUGCUCAGUUAAACUUUUAAUUCAGGGAAUUUAUCAAUCCAUCAACCUCGUUCCCAGGGCUUCAGUGUGGGGACGAGGCAACACACGAGGAAGCCCUGGUCUGGGCCGGUCAAUUUUGCAUUUUGAUUGGCUAACACCAUAAAUUAUUGUCUAAUAAUAACAGAACUCUACAGUUGACAAUAACAAUUCAACAUUUCUAUUUUUAUGAUUCUUGUGUGUACGAGUAUGUUUUGCAAAAUAAUCUUUCAAAGUAAGACGUUUUCCCGACUGCAUGAUUUACUUUCGCCUCGGCCGGUUACAAAACUCAAAAGCCGUGUCGAAGUGAGCGGUGAUAUUUCCUGACAAAACAAGAAACGUCUACUAUUAUUUAAGCUGUAGUUUUCCUUGUACAGUAUUUAUUAGUGCAGAUGUCUGAUAAAAUACUACGCGUAUUGCAUUGUUGUAAUAUUUUAAUUUACAAUAUUCUGUACUGACAAAUAAAAGCAAGACAAACAAUUAAAUGAAACUACUAAAUUACUUAAUAAUAGCUCUACCCCUAGCCCGAAUUAGUCUCUACAAGAUUCGCACGCCACUCAGUUUUUCAGUUUCAGAAUACCCCGAAUACUUGAAAAUUGCGACUAUACGAUAAAAUAAAACAAGAUUGUGAAGGGGAUAAAAUUUGUAGGCAAGCAUUGCUCCUGAACGGCAAGUGUUGGUGUCCGGCGAAACAAGCGAAUCCGUAUAUUCCUGUACAGCGUAAACAGGUUACGCGAGGUUUUAUAUUUGUGUUUAUUUAUAUUGAACUAAGUCAGACCUAUAAGAGCAUAUUUAAACUAAAUAUUAAUUAUAGCAAUAGCCAUAUUGUUCAAGACGAGAGAAAGGAAAUUUCGUGCGAAUCACCACUUGCAUAGAGACGCGUAGAUGCAGCGUGGAUGCAGCUUUGCCUGCAGUUGAAAAUCUCCAGAAAUAUCGGUAUAUCUUAAAAAACAUGGACGGGAUCUUCAUAGAUAUUAGCUGAUUUGUGCUAAACUUCGCUCUACCCUUAAAUAAUAACGAUUGAGAAGUCUUUUGGCUAUUUAUUUGUUUGGAAGACUUACUGAGUACUGAGUACUGCCAUUUUUUGUCGUCACGUGACCGGCCCUGACCAGGGCUUCCUCGUGUCUCGCCUCGUCCUCACACUGAAGCCCUGGGAACGAGGUUGUCAAUCCAUCUUUAACGCAGCCUAUAAAACUGGUUCUUUCAACUUUUGUUCGUUUAUUUAAUUAUAUAGACAUUUCAAAAUUCAAAUGUUUCAAUUCAAUCAAAACACGAAACGCCUGCGAACAGGCAAUGAUGUUUACAAUAUCCAAUCAGAACACGUAGUCUAUCGAACCUAUAGUCAGCAGCCAAUCAACUCUUUCCUUCCAUUUUUAAAAGUUAUGUGUGGAAUGUGAACCCGAAAACUACGCCAAUUUCGCCAGAGCGUUAUUCAAAACAGGCGAAAAUAAAUACCCUCUGGCUCCAGGGUAGCACCUUUACGUAAUUUUAAAAAAUUCGGCUGCACAGAAGUUUUUUUAAAUGGUCAAAAUAGUUGAGUAUACAAAGAGAAAUAUUUUUUUUAAUAAAAUUUGGGGGUCGCCGAUGUCGUUUGCGAGUUAAAUUACUUUAAAGCCAAAAUAUCAGCCAUCUUGAAACGUCAUUGUUGCCAUAGCAACGGUAGUUGCGUAACUUUUGUGCAAACUCUUUAGAUGUUGUUUUAUAUCAGUAAGGCACUUUUUGUUUAUCAACAAGUAAUAAUUGUCCAAAAAUACACAUCUAAAUCGUAGAUUUUUCAUUUUUUAAAAACUGUAUUGAGUCACCUUAAUACUGUUAGCUCUCAGUGGAAAACAGGCUAUGGACUUCACUGCUCCAACCUUCAUCGGCAUUGCGCUGUUUCCAUGUUUACAUCCACAUCCGGUCUGCUUCAGCUCUGCUCGUUAUCUCUAUGCAGAGACUGCCAUAUAAGUUCCACAUCAGGAUCUGAUAUGGUUUAUUCCAAUUUGCUCCUCACAUAAUAAUUUUUCCACCGUUUUCUAUCCAUCGUUGUUUUAAUGAUCUUCCGCUAACCUUCGAUUGCAAACGGCAAACAAUUUUCUUUUUACAUACAUUCAACAUGGCGGAAAAUUUGUAUUUCUAUACAGUACUUCAAGAAACCAUAGUACGUCUUUGAUUAAAAAUACAAUUUAUAUUUUCCUUAUAUUCUUGCAUGGGAGUGAAAAUUUGCGUGUGUUCAGGCCCCCACGUGGAAGAGAAAGGCUAUAGUUACUCCCGAGGUUUUGUUCAAAAUUUAUACAAUUACCAAAAACUGUAAAAAUGUAUUUGAAGUCGUGAGAGGAUGCCAUUCUAUUAGAAGAUAGCAACUACAUAGCAUAAUUUCCGACAAAGGUCUUGGAUCGAGACGUUCAACUUGUUUUUAUGUUUCCCAUGGUUUAUAAUUCCUGCAUACCAAGUUCGUAAAUGUUUUUCUUCGCUGUAUUCACUGGUACCCAAUACUCAGAAUAUUGUCUGAUUAUUCCUGUUAACAUCAAAAGCAAUACUUCAUUUUUAUCUAACAUAUUAUUGUGUAUAUUUCAGACAAGGAUUGUCUCUAAAGCCCUUAAUUGUGUAACCGACAAACUUACACAUAUUCAGGAUUCCUAUACUACGUCGUUAGUAACAUACACCUUGGUGUUAGCAGAUCAUCCAAAAGCUGGACUUAUGAUUAGUCGUUUGAAGGACAAGGCAGUCAGUUCGGAAGGUGAGAAAAUUUAAUUUAGUCUCUUGUGAUCCUAUCUAGUACAUAUUUGAACUCCGUGUAUAAUUUAUUACUAAUCUCAUAUUCGAAAAGGCGUUUGGUUUACGAUUAUUGGUACAUUAUACUAGAAGAUGAAUGCUAGCAGAUGCCCUCGUGUUGCUGACAAAACCAUUAACUAUUUAGAGUAGUUGUCAUGGUAACACGAUAAAUUCAUUAAGAAUAUUUUGCAAUUGAAAAAUCCCGUAAAAGUAUCAGUUUUAAUUACAAAAUUAUCAAUUUCCCAAAUAUAUAUAUAUAUAUAUAUAUAUAUAUAUAUAUAUAUAUAUAUAUAUAUAUAUAUAUAUAUAUAUAUAUAUAUAUAUAUAUAUAUAUAUAUAUAUAUAUAUAUAUAUAUAUGAAAGCGUUAUGGUUGCCAUGCCUGGUUUCAAUGUGAAUGGUGUUUAAAAAAAAACAAAAAAAAAAAACAAGAACUUCCUCAGGCAUAAAAAAGAUAUAAUGACUAUAACCCAGACGUUUCGCCGGUUAAGGCUUCUUCAGUGGGUGAAAACGUUUACAACAAUAUUAAGGCGUCUUUUAUACAUGUCGUCCUAAUUAGAAUAGUAUAUAAUUAAGUAUGAUGAGUGAAUGAGUCUAAUUGUUUGAAUUUAAAAGUCUAAAAAAGUUGGUAGUAAAAAAUGUUAAAAAUCUAAAUCAGUCUGAUUGUUUGAAUUCUAAAUGUAUAUACAGUUGAUGAUAAAAAUGUUAAAAUAUUCAUAAUUAUAAUCCCAAAUGUUAGAUUGUUAUUGUUCUACCAGUACAACCAUUCAUUAAAUCGCCUGUAUGCUUCUGUAUUUCCAUCGCCUCAAUGCAUUUACGCUCGUCUUCAUACACAAGGUUUCCAUAUAUAAUCCUCCAUUCAAUGUCUUUAUUUCCAGGUGUCUGAUUCUUUCUCUUGUGGGACAUCAAAUGUUUAUAUACUGUUUGCUGUUUCAUCGUCAGGUGUUCUUUGAUGCGUGUCCCUAUUGUCCUACCCGUUUCUCCUAUAUAUAAUGCCUCGCAGUAUGAGCACUUAAUUUUAUAAACUACAUUCUUGUUGAGACAUUUAUCGACUUUAUUGGUACAUUUACAUGUUUCACAAGCUUUAGAGCAAUGUGUCCGUUCUCUGGGUGGAGCAAACACUCUACGUGACGAUUUUCCGUUCAUAAAUUGAAUUCUGACGUUGUCUAUUCCCGAUCGUUUUACCACUGCAAGGGCACGCCGUUUAAAUUCUUCAUUAAUGAAGGGAAGCUUUAAAUAGGUAUAUGUAAUUUCAUCCUCUCUGGUAGAUUUAUUAUUUAAAGUGUUUCUAAUUGUGGUUUUAACAAAUUUCUUGGGAUACCCAUUAUUAACAAAAAGAUCUGUGAGUUGACGCAAUGAUUCUCUACGUGAAUUGGAGUCGGUUGAACAUGUAACUGCCCGCUUGGUUUCGCCGAUGAGAAUUGUGCGCUUAGCAGCGAUAGGUCCGUGACUGUCCCAGGGUGUGAUACAACGACUGUGUAUAGGCUUAAUGUAAAGCUUGGUGGAAACAGUUUUACUCUUAAUAUUGUUGUAAACUUUUUCGCCUUAAUAUUGUUGUAAACUUUUUCACCCACUGAAGAAGCCUUAACCGGCGAAACGUCUGGGUUAUAGUCAUUAUAUCUUUUUUAUGCCUGAGGAAGUUCUUGUUUUAUUAUUUUUAUUUUUUUAAUUUUUUUUUAAAACACCAUUCAUAUAUAUAUAUAUAUAUAUAUAUAUAUAUAUAUAUAUAUAUAUAUAUAUAUAUAUAUAUAUAUAUAUAUAUAUAUAUAUAUAGUAUUUGAACUUAAAAUUGAGUCACAACUCUGAGUUUCACGCUGAGUGCGAUCAUCAGGUGACGGUGUUAAAAUUGGCGGUUGAAUCUUCCGUAUGAUGACGUUGGACUGAAUGUUUGAAUUAUACGCGUGAUGGCAAAGCGUGCGCACGUUCAAACUUUCCCGCAAGGAAUCGCUUCCGGUGGCGGCACUUCGAGUAAAAAUUCACACCUCUUGUUCAAUAGUUUUGUCUUAUGACCUUUCAGGACAUGCAAUUUUUCCUGGAGACAAAGAUCACAGUCUUUUUCGCCGCUGCGAUAGGAAGGUGUUUGUUUUAGUAUUGUCCAUUUAAUUAAUGUUGAAUCUGCGUUUCUCUUUCUUUAAUUGCCAAAUGUAUUUGGAUAGCUCGGUGGAAUUUAGUUUGUCUGGGUUUUCGAACGAGGUUUUGUGAUUCGCAAAGCGCUUUUUGAAGGUUGUCGAAGUCAUGCCAAUAUAUUUUUUGGUACUCUCCUUAUCAACCUCGACUUCCGCUUUGUACACGACACUUUUUAUCAGGUAAUUCUUUUGGAGUGGACAAUUGUCGGUGUUUCUGCAGUUACAGUUAUCAUUGCCAUUCGUUGUUGGUGAUGUAGCUGUCUUACUUUUGGACAGGAUACCGAUGUUAUGUUUCGAUAUGACGCUUUUACAAUUGUUCAUACAGCUGUAGCUAUUAUAGACCUUCACCGAGUUCCUGUUAAAUAUUUCGUGUAGUGGAUUUGAUGGCGGAAAGUGCUUGUCAACCAAACUUAAGAAAUUUCUACCUACGUACGUUGGUUCUUACGUUCGUACGUACUAUAAUGUGGAUUAAACCAAAUGAUGUUACGUGAUCACGUCCUGGUCUUAUUGGAGUUAUUCGGGGAAUAUUUCAAAUGCGCUUGGUAUUAUUAUUAUUAGAAUACUAUUUUCUCUGUUAAAUUCUUGAUGUUGAGCACUCUUUUUACACUAUACAAUUGAAAUUAUAUAUAUAUAUAUAUAUAUAUAUAUAUAUAUAUAUAUAUAUAUAUAUAUAUAUAUAUAUAUAUAUAUAUAUAUAUAUAUAUAUAUAAGCUUCAAUUUAAUGUAAAAUUCAACCACAAACGCUUCACAAAACAUUUUAAAAUGUUCUUUAUAAGACUAAACUGCCGUUAUCGAUAAACGUUGAGUUUGAAAUAAAAUGAUUUCAAAUUCUCGCAUGAAAAUAACUUUACUUUUCUUGUUUAAUUUAAAAAUGUUAAUGUAUUAAAAAAGGUAAUCAAUAAAGAUACACUGAAAUUAUAUGCUCUCUUUUUCAUUUAAAAUAGGCCUAUGGUGCUCAUGCAGCGCCGUUGGCUCGGGGAUGAAACAAAUGGAGAAAUGGCGUUGUUAGAUUUGUGAUUAAAUUUCGGAUAGUGUUAUACAGUUGCGUAGAAACGCAUAAUUUAUCCUUCCAUUCGAAAUACAAAGAAGUAAUUUAAUAUGAAAAGCACUAACAAGAUAACAAGACAACAAGAUCCGAAGUGCGUGUGGGAAAGGUCUAUGCCAUACGAAUUAAGUAGUUAAAAAGUCAUUAAUUAACUUCUGUUUCCUUGUAGACGGCCAAAUUUUCUGGUCCGCUAGAAAUGACAAAUUAGUGGCGACCGAAGAGCCGACAGACUACUUUGUUUACCAGCCUCAUCCUGCUGAUGUGGAAAUGACCGGCUAUGCUUUAAUGUCUUAUCUGAAACGAAAAGAACUACUUAAGGAUGUAAUCAAGAUAGUCAAAUGGUUAUCUAAGCAACGUAAUGAUUAUGGUGGAUUUUCUUCAACACAGGUUUGUCAGAAAAUAAAUUAUGCAUUGGAACAAAGACCGAUCACACAGUAAAAUUACCUCCGCUGAGUAAAAUUAUAUCAUUCGCUACAAACUGGCAUUACAUUUUGUAAAUUAACUCAAGUUUGUAACAUAGCCUAAAACUUGAUCAUUAUUUCUGUGUUCCAUCAAAAUUUUUCUUCUACGUUUCCGUCCUCAUUGGUAUUUAGAUGAUUUCAGGCACUUUGUAUUUGUAUAUUUACAUAGUCUGUAAGUUGAUGCAAUGGCACAUUAUAGCACGUUUUCAAAAUCUGGCCGAUUUGGACAAAAUUUUGUACGAGCGUUUAGUUGUAAGUAUGGGCAUGUGCUCAAACCUGGACGAUGGACGUUCAUCGUCCAGGUUUUAGCAUUUGUAUGGGCAUGUGCUAAAACCUGGACGAUGGACGAUUUUUAUUUGCAGUCAAAACACUGAAACCUGCACACGUCCGCUCUUGUACGUUGUUGUCAUUUAUUGUAUAUUUCGUCGUGUAUUAAUAAUACAUACUGAUAUUGCAAUGCUUGUAUCAAAGAAUGGCUUUUCCGUAAUAUUCACUGCUGUCUGCAUAAGUACUACUGAAGACACUAGAGUGUCGAGAUCGGCGUUGGGUCUUGAUUACAAUUUAACUGGGCUUUGUAAUCAUUUAUUUAAACCAGAGUAGCGAGCGAAACAUGAAUAAAUUAUAGUUAAUAAUAAAUCAAUAUGUUAUCAUUCAUUGUUAUCGCCCAUCUUCCAGGUUUUAGCAUAUGCUGCAAGUAUGCAAUAGGAAUGUCAAUAUACUUUGAAUGUCAAUAUACUUAGGAAUGCGCUCUUACAAAUUUUGCCAAUUUUUAUUAACCUUUAUCCCGUCCAGAACGUAAAGCCAUGAUACAUUGCGUUCCAUAGCAAGCAAGCAAUCACGUGCAAUCUGUCGAAAGCACUCAACCAAUCAGGUGUUCUCGCAUACUUCAGCAACGUUAACAGCUGUCCCAAGACCAAACAUAUAAAAAUUAUCAUGAACGCACUAGAGAAUAACAUAAGUGAGCACUUCCAGUGAAGAAAUGUGUAUACUUAGGUUUCUAACUAUAUCCCUAAUGCAGGAUACCUGUAUCGCGCUACAAGCUCUGUCGGAAGUUGCCCAGAAAGUUUACACAAAGGAUGGCCGGACGAACCUUGCUGUUUCUGCGAAUAUAAAGGAUAUUUUCACUCAAGAUUUUACAGUCACUGGAAGCAACAAAUUGGUAUUACAACGAGCAGAAAUUCCAAGCAAGCUUCUGCCAAAUACCCUAGCUAUCAGUGCGUCCGGAAACGGAUGCGCUUUAUUGCAGGUGAGCAAAGUUAAUCUUUGUUCAUUUUAUAUGUGUACUUCCAUGCUCCAUCAGUUUUGGAUGUUAUUUCCGAAUGCAUAAAGUAAAGGUUUUUCACAGCAAUUGCAUGUAAUAAAAUUCGCUUAUAUGAUCAAAUGACUGCAUAUCGCAGAGGUUCAACCAAUUUUGCAGAAGUGAAAAGACAAUGGCAUAAAAAACGCAUGCACUGAUGAGAACAGAACAGUGCAGGAGAAAACAUUAUUAAGAAUGGUGGACAUGGGGUUUUGCAAAUUGGAUUAUUGAAGGAGAGGCAAGUGUAUACUGGCCAGGCACAAUAUGUUUUCCAAAUUUCAAAACAAUUAGUAUAUUCAAGUUUUGUGUGUGUUGGUACUCAGGUGAAUAUGAUGUUUGUGAUGUUACUUUGAGUGUGCAUCCACACCAGGUAAGCUGAAAAGUUAGCGUCUCCACGGUGGGAUUCGAACCCUCGACCUUUGGGAUACUAGUCCAUAAUCAAAUAAUCAUAUCAUAGAAUAUACUGAUAUCGAAGGAACUAGACUCAGUUCCCAAAUAUCAUCAACUCGAACCGACUUGACCAGGUAGCUCAGUUGGCAGAGCAUUGGAAUAGUAUCCCAAAGUUCGCGAGUUCGAUGUUGGUGCGCAACUCUAAUUAAAAUAAUUUUUAUUACUUGUAUUUUAUUCCUUCAGACUAGUGUCAAGUACAACAUUCCAGCCCCUGACGAAAUUCCAGCCUUUAAAGUGGCCGUUUCUGUACAUCGUCGUGAAGCGAGUGAUGAAGAAGAAAUCGCGGCAUGCUAUCCUCUGCAGUUGAAGAUUGGCGCAAAGUUUGUACCAUCUCAUUUAAAAUAUUUCGUGCAAUUUUUAUUGUAGAUAUAAAAUGGAUGUAUAAGGGGACGGUAGUUCUGCUUGCCUGAUUCACUAUAAUCUCACGCUAAAACUCUAAAGUGCAAGCAUGCAGCUGCCCGCGUUUACUCUAUAGAGGAAUUCCAAGGAUAUGCAUGCAUUAAAACCCAAAGCUGCAUUAAUAGUUAAGAGUUACAACAGAUCCAAACACGGCAUCGUAUUCCCAUGUAAAUGCUAUCUGUACUUGAUACCUACGAAAUCCAUAAUUUUGAUGACUUAUUGGCAUAGGUUUUGAAGAUACGAUGGUCUGGAAUUCUGGAAAUUUCUAAACCAAAAAAUAGAAGAGCUUUUUUAUUUGGAACUGUACCUCGCCGUGCAUAAAUCCUUUCUCUAAGCUUCAUUUAAUAUUAUUCAUCGUCGCUGCACGUCUCAUCUCCGAUCAUACUAUUGGACGAUUGCUUUGACGAAAAUACAAUGGGCUCAGUCGCCGUUACUGUGCACGAUUAAACAAAAACUCAGAUAAAAACAUAAUGCAACGACUUCUGUAACUUCAGUUUCCAUAGCAUUAUAUCAUGAUAGACCAAGGGCUUUACGACCAAUUUGUAAAUACGUAAAUUUAUUUAUGGUUUAAAGCACUGUCAAGGAAGAAUAAUUUUCUUACAAAAUGGAAGUGAACAUUUUUGACAUCUCAUGAAUAUAGUUAUUUCACUGUGUAACGUUUUUCCACCCAUGCGAACCAGGACGUGUUGGAAAAUAGACUUCCAUUUUAUAUUUUCAUUUUUUUCAAAAUUACGGUAUUCUGAAUACCAAAUAAGGAGUGCAUACAAUUCUCAUUAACUAUGUUUUUAAGUUUUUUUCGGGCUUAUAAUUUUUUUUUUAAAUUAACAAGUUUUAACAUGAUAUUUACAAAAUUAACUUUCUUCAGUUUUUUUUUAACUGUUAAAUGUCCAAAAGUUUUGAAUUCUUAUUAAGAGUGUUAGUAUGUUGUCAGCUUGGUUGUGGCUGAGGCAAUUUCAAUGUUCCCAGCGCCAAAAGUUUGUUUCUUUCUCAAUGAGCGUGAUCAUCGAACACAUACUAUCGCCGAGCGAAGUAGAGCGAAGGAUAUCUUUGAGCGGAGCCAGUUCGUUGUUAUACUGACAGUAAGUUUGCGCUUUUCAGCGAUUGAAGAUGCCAGUACAGAGAUAAAUCUUUCUAUCUCUCCGCUACUUCCACCAUAAGGUGUGAAGACCAAGGGUGUGAACGAACCAUGUUCUAUUUUCAUAAUUCUUUCGGCGUCGGCGCGUUUCUUCUCACGUUCGUUGGCGGAAAAAGCAGUUGAUAACUUCUGGUUUCUGUAGCUAGGGGCGAAAGGAUUAAACACCCGUACAUCGAAGAAUGCUCGUUGAUCACGUUGCCAGAAGACACCAAUACUGAUAUCAAGUCUUGCUUCGUCUUUCCCUUUUGUUGUUGCAUGGAGUUGCUCACCAGUGGGAGGGAGAAGGUUUGGUCAAUCUCCACGUCGUUAGAAAUCUCGGUAGCCGUCUGCCCAGAAAGAUCGCGGAUUUCGUCUUGGCGUUGAUGUACGAAGCCGCCUUUGAGACAGGACAAUGCAUGAUCUACCGAGAACCGUUUCCCGCAAGCACAAGUAGUUGGAAUAAACUUGAGCGGCCACCUGUAUCUCAUACGAAUAGCGUCGUAGAUUUCUCGUUUGUUGAGGACGUAGUUUUCUUCCCUUAUUGGCAGUGACGUUAACCAGUUUGACGCUCCUUUCAUUUGGGCAAUCUCAUUUGCACGUUUCUGGUCCCCGUUCAUCCUUUCUUGCAACCCACGAGUAAUCGUUUAUGCUCCAGAUAUCUCAAUCUUUUGAUAUCAUUCUUUGUUGAGUGUUGACCAGCUUUCUUCGAGUAUUCGUAUUCUCUCUCGGCGAUCUGGAAGAAAAUGGGAAUAGCAAGGCCACCAAAACGAGCAGGAAGACUAAGGAGUUUGCGUUCGUCGUGGGAGCAGUGAUGGCAUUCCGUUAUGGCAGAAAUGAAAUAAUGGUUUAGGAUUUCAUCGAAUGGCUGCAGUAAUGGACCGAGGUUAGGAAGCGUGUGCAUGUAGUAGGUCAGUUUAUGUUGAAAACCAGAAACAAAUGAUGCAUACGCUGCCUGUGGUUCCGACUGCCCGAUCUUUGACAACUUCAUCAGCAGCUCACACCAUUCUUUGAUAAGUUCUUUCACAUAGUUUUCUCCCGAUUCCUUACUUCCACCAAAACCACCAAGAUAUGCACGUCCUGCAGAUGUGAUGUUAAUAUCAGUCUCCGCGAAUAUCUCUCUCGCAGCCUCUACUCUGUCCUCUUUCACAACUAACCAAGACUUCGAGGCUUUCGGGUAGUAUCCCAAGAGAGGACCAAAGUAAACAACUUGAUUCCACCACGUUCGCAAACACCCAAAGACUCCUGCAAUACCGAGAUCAUCAGCAUACGCUGCGUGCUUCACUUCCUCAUCACUCGCAGUGCUAACAUCAUCUUCUAGAACUUUUAUCAUCUGCAGUAAUGGUGCGAUUCCAACUGUAUACGCUGGCAUUGCCAUUGGAUCUCCCUGAGUUGUUCCCUCUUGCGAUAAGAUUUCUUUGCCACCCAUUACAAAUAAUCGUGACGGUGAGCCAUGACAGUUUUUGACAUACGUUGCCAUAGGAGGACAAUGAUAGCGAAUGUUAUGGAGAAGCACUUGGCGAAUAAGAGAAUUGAAGGCGUUAGACGCAUCAACGAGUAGAAUGGCAUCAGUUUCCUCUUCUUGGAAAAUCCCGGAAAUUUGUCAAGAGGUAUCAAACGACAUGCUACGUAAGCUUCUAUUGAAGUUCUUUGGUACAGAGAAUACGGGCCAUCUCAGCAAGACUUGAGCGAAGUUCAGUCCCUGCAGUGCCAAAGUUUUUGGAUACGAGUAUUCUCCGCCAACCAUCAGCAUCUAAUCCUGAAGGGCCGGCUGCACCUUUUGUAUGUAGAGCUGCUCUGGCUAUCGUCGACUCAUCGAUGAUUGAAAACAUGGCUGGAUCAACAAAUGGUACCUGUCCUGUGAUUAAUAUUUCUCUAUCUGCUUCCAUAACUUCAGGAUGUUUUGUUUUCAGUUCUCGUAAUGCAUCCUCUGAUAACUGAAGAACGUCCGACGUUGAAGUGUCAUCCAGUAAUGACUUUACCAGAAAGCAUUAAGUUAGCAAACGUACGAGAACCGUGUUCAGGCGAUCUUGGCUUCCAAGUUGAUUGGAGUCGAGACUGAAUUGCUCCGCACUCUUUUAACAAAGCAUUAAAAUCUCCCAAUUUCCACAAAUUCGACCGUCUUUGUAAGCACUCACUAUGUUGCUUACAUUUAGAUUUAAAUGAUGGUUUCUGAAGGAGUAGAGCAGGCAUCACCAUCACACUUUCAGGGCAACAUCUUUCAUUUCCAUUGAUUCUGAGUUCCACAUGUUGAUAAGACUAGUAGUUUCUGCAAUGAACUUUUUUCCAGCUCCACCAGUAGGUAGCUUGAAAACAUUCUUUCGCCAAAGUACAAUUUCUUCAUAGGUUGCGUUGAGAAUCUGGUGUAAAUCUUCUAAUAAACCCCAUACUUUGGGAAUAUUUGCUUCAGGCGAGGGCGUGUUAUCAUUGGCAUUUUCAAAUUCUAUUUCGUUAGAAACAAUGACGAAACUCUCUUGCUGACCACUGCAGGAAGAUCCGAGUGCAGCUACAUUUGACGAUUUCAGCUAUUUCAGACAAUGAUUCAGGUGCGCAGAUCUGCCUCUUUGGGUUUGAAACAAUCGUUUGCACAAGUUACACUGAAAUCCAUCAGCAAGGUUUAACGUUUUAAUUUCCGUUGACAUUUCCUGUAUAGUACUGAGUUAAGCAAUUGAUUUAAAAAAAGCUAUUUGGCUAAAAUCAACUGUCUCUUCAAUUCCAAACAAAUCCAGCCCAGGAUAUUACGACUGUGUCCUUCUUCGACUUAUAAUUAGUUAUUGUUCUAAUUGAAUUCUGAUUAAUUGAUCGUUAUGGCGCACGUGAUGACGUGACGUUCGUUCGUUGAUCAACCGUCCUACGAGCCUUUACAUUUCCACUAACCAAGAUUUGAUGCCACAAAAAAAAAUGAUUUGCCAAACCAAAUUCGCCAAAUACUUUUAACGUUGUUGAGAACAAACUCCUUAUCUAAUGAUUUCCACAAUCUGGCAGGCCAAAGUAGCAAAUACAAAUCUAUUUCUUUUAAAUUUUAUGGAGCAAAGAAUUUAAAUCAUCAUGCACGCUCCGAUGACGUUCCUUAACUUCCUUAACUAUGCUUUAAGUUACUUGUUGUAAGUAAAUAGGUACCCUACUCACACUAAAUUGCAGGUUUUAUUUCCUUUAUAUAAUCGACGACCAUUUUUCACACGUUACUUUAGGUGGCUUAAAGAAAAUGUUUCGAACAUGGCAAUAGUGGAUGUUAAACUUGUCUCGGGAUUUUCAGUGAACGAGAAAACUCUUCAACAAGUAAGUUUAGAAAUUAAUGUAAUCAAGAAUGCUCAUGCAUGCCAACAUAAUCCCUUAUUUUUUAUGAUGUACAUCAUCGUUCAGCCAUCUUGGAAAUUAUUAUAUGUGUCACUAUAUAUCUAUUCACAUUCAGCUUGCAUCUCAUGAAUUGUUCAAAUUUGUACAACAUGCAUUAGGCAAUAUUUACUCUAUGAAAGUAAUUGCCCUUAAAAGGAGGUCGUAGGUCGCGCCGGAUUGGUCCAGCCGUUCACCACGACACCGCCGAAGAUAAGGGGGCAACCCCCCAGGAAGAGGAAGGGUGUAUGCCCAGGAUCUGAUAACCAAAGAUUAGGGUGCACGUGUCUGAUAAUAUGAACGAUAGAACCAAGAAUGGAUAUGAUUUCCAUGUUGUAGUUGUACUCACAACAUGCGCGUACAUGCAUAUCGUUUGGACUAUAAUGAGAAGAUGCGAUGUAUUUGUAUUACGUAUGGAAACCGUAGCACGCAUAAAGAUAUGAUUUUGUGUAUGUUUGUGAUGUUGAGUGUAUCCAUACCUGGCAAGAGCUGAAAAGUUUUCUUGACAGGAAUGUAAAUCAAACCCGCGACUUGAAUUUUCCUCGUAGCAUUGUUGGUAGAGCAUUGGACUAACAAAUCAAAGAGAGCGUGUUAAAUUGCCACCGCAGUUAAGAAAACGUCUCUGUUUGCCUGGAGUGGACACACUCAAGGACAAAACAACAAACAUGUAUCUUUGCCUAAGUGUAUAACACGAGAAACAGAAAUAUUAGUAUGUGUAUACAUAGAGACUUUGCAAUGUUUCGAGCAUACUUGUGUAGCUUAUCUGAGAUUCAAGAUAUUCCACUGACAUGCAGCAGGGUGUCUUCCUUUUAUCCAUGACUUCUCAUAUGGCUUCUCAUAAAUACUAAAAUAAAACCUUUCUAGAAAUUGAAACAACCAGAAAUUGCUAUUGAAUUCUUCGCCAGAAAUAAUGAAGAGAGUGAAGCCAUUUUAAAGCGUUAUGAAAUUGAUGGACAGAAUGUCAUUCUUUACUUUGAUGAGGUAAAUACAUUUAUAAAAUGAGAAAAUCACUCGCCUUCGGCUCGUGAUUUCGCGCGCUUAACUCUCGCAACAUUCUCGCGUGUUUGGAUCAGGCCAUCCAAACAUGGAAACCAUAAAGUAAUUGUAUAAUCGUGCCAUUACAUAUUCUCAAACAUAGUUCUCAACACAGGAUGCGCAUGUUUUCAAUCCAAAAGAUAAAAAGUAACAAAAGAAGCAUAUUUACCAUUUUAGACUGUACGAAUAGAAAAUAUAUUGUCCAUCUGGAUCGAUUCUGAAAUAUGGGGAAAAAAUUUUUCAGGACAUGCCUUUCAGCCUGUAAAUAAUAUACGCGUAAAACUUAUAGACGCGUGGACGACAUAUGCGCAAAUAAGGCUUUUCAUUUACCUUCGCAGCUAAAAACUAUGAAUUUCUCUCUGGAUAUCAUUCAAAGUACAUUGGUUAAAAAAACGAAGCCUGGUGUUGUAAAAGUUUACGAUUAUUAUGACCCAGGUAAGGACUGCUUUUAUAUUUGUAUACUUUUUAUCACCAUGCACCCAUUAAUCUCGACUACCCUGCAAUAAACCGUCAGAUUGUUUGAAUUCCAUAGGGGGAAAUUAUUUCAAUUACAGCUCCAUGCAUUAUUCUAACCGAUUUCUAAGCCCAACCACAACCCUCACCUUAACAUGUACAUGUGAAUGCAUUUUGGAAUUGCAGUCAGAAAGGUACACCAAAUGUAUAGUUCGUUUCGUAUUUUAGCAACCGCACGUCCGUACCGACGGCCUUCCAUAUAUGUCGUGAACAUUUUAGCACCUAAGGAUCCAUUAUUGUUGCUAAGGAAUGCGACUGUCAAAAUAUUAGUUCCGGUUGAAAUUGUUUAAAUUAUUAAUACAAAUUUGAAAUUCCCUCAGUCGAGCUAUAGCAAUAUUUGCUCAACAUUUGCAAACUAAAUCGUUGUUACCUUGCAAAGUCUUAAAUCACUUUCUUGUGAUUAAUUAAUAAGUUAAUAAAGUUAGUCGAAAUUUUCUAUUGCAUCGUUUGAUUAAUUUUCUUAUGUGCAUGUAAUGUCAUUAUUUCUUGUAACAUUUCGUGCUAUUUCUAGUUUGUUCAGUUGAUUGUUUACGUUAUUUUUGACAAAAAGCCAUUUCUCUCCUGUGAUUAAUUUAUUUUAGAAAGCCAGGCCAAAGUCAUGUACAAGAUCACGGAGAAAGACUGCUAUGGGGAAAGAAGUAAGCUUGUUCGCAUAUCUCUUUUUUUCAUUCAUACCGAUCACAAAGUUAAUUAAAUCUAGAUAAAUGAUUUCAAUAAUCAAAAAAUAAUUUCAUUUUUAUUGCAUUAAUAUGCUUGACGUGACAGCUUAACAACAACAUGGAAGCACGAUAAUUAAUAGCAUUGAAAUGGUUAUGAGUUCAAUGUUAAAAAGUGAAAGAUGGAUUUUGCAUUUCAGGAUGCGAUGUGACAACGAAAUACUGAAAAAAGGAUCAGUUUAUCUAUCUUUAAAAUAAUUAAAUACAAAACAAAUACAUACCCCACGAGGUUGUUUUAUCAUAGAAAUAAUCAUCAAAAACGUAUCGUAAAAAUAUUGUAUUUUAUACCCCCUAUUUUGCUUCGGACGAGUUAUGUAUUUGAAUUUAAUUUCAUAUGUAUCGGUAUGAAAAUCAUAGUUGAAUGACUUAUACGUUGACGACGAGAAAAUAACUUUAAAUCAUUGAAUUAAAUUUAUCGUGAAAUAGUACUCAUAUAUACUAUUGCGCGGUAAUAGCAUCAGUACGUAAUAGUAGGCGUUCCUUUAUGUGGCAGAAAAAUGGAAAUAUAAAUACAAUAUCACGUGAUCAUUAUCAGCCAAUUAAAUGUCUAGAACUUAACGAGGUGUUGUAUUUUGAAUAUUAAACAACAGGUUCACAUCCUGUAGUCCUACAUAACAUAAUUAUGGAAACGAAUACCAAAUAAAUAAUUCACGAAUUUGCCCUCGGCAUGAAAAAGUUAAACCCAUGAGAAAGUCUUGCAUCCUGUAAUUAGUUUAUGGCGUUAGAUCUGGCUACACGGAGCUUAUAUGUUACAUUAUGUCUUUCUCUCUAGUCGAAAACGAAUGUCCCAAGUGUUUAUCAGUCGACGAUUUUGAAGAUCUCUUUGACAAAAAUAUCAACUGUACUAGUUACCGUGAGUACACCACUGAUAGCCCCAUGGUUAUAUUUUCUUACGUCAUUUUGCAUCAGUUUAAUUAUCUUGCUUCACUGAAUAUAAUCCUCUGACAUGAGAUUUAGUAAUGCGUAUAGUAUGAACAGCCUAUUUUUGUCUGAGAUAGAGCAUGUACCUGGACGAAAUAAUAUUUUCUUGUGAGCAUGCCCUCAACACCCCUUGGUUGAGCCCCCUUCACCCCCCUCCCAAAAAAACACCAAAAAUUACCCCUCACCUUAAGCGUGUUUAUAUAUAUUCAAUUCCUCUGAACCUUUGCUUCCGACGGCACUGUGCAUGCAUGGUAUCGUGACAACAAGAAAAAUAAAAAGUAGUUAAAAUUGGAAGAAAUCAUCUUUUUGCUAUUGCAGUAACACGAGUUAAGUCUAUCGGUGGCCUUUUGACAGUGAAAAAAGCUUAUAUUAAAGCUAAUUAUUCUCAAGAAUAUGCAACGGUUCCCUAUACAAUACCUGAAUUCUGUCUCUGUGACGAAAUCAACAACGGCGUGACGUCAUUGGUGUUUGGACAAAGUGAUUAUUUCCGAAAGAAUGGGGAGGAUAUCUCCCUCGUGUUCGACUCUGGUACAACAAUCGCAAAGUGGAAUGGUGAGAAAAUGAGAAACAUAUUCAGAGAGAAGAUGGUGCAGGAAAUUUAUCAGAAAUGCUGGCGUUUUUUCGAAGGGUAGUUGGAUGUUCAAAGUGGACUGGAAAUUUUACUUACAACAUUUUCUUGACUUUUGAUUAAAUCACUUAUGAUUAAACUUGUCUUUUAUGUAUUUGUCUAUGAAAUGAAAAUAAAUUACCUCAGAUUUAAUUGAAUAUUUGUUUCACAUUAUUCUUAGUGUUAUAUAACUGUACGCUCUUGGUGCAUCAUGUCAGUCUAAUUUUUGUGUGUUGAGCAAUGGAAUUAAGAAAUUGUGCCGAAAAUAUUUAGAACGGAUAUUUCGGCUGGAAAUGCUACCACCUGCUACGGCGGAAAUGCUAGAGUUGUAUACAAGGCGGGAAAAUAUACAUUUGCCGUUGUCAACAGAGCUUGUGCGACGUCUGAAACACAUGCUUUUAAUUAUUGAUUUCUUGGCCAUGCAAUAUAAUUUAUUCCACUGAAG